ACCAGGUGCACUAGCCUUAUCCAGACUGAAAACAACCUCUCUUAACUCAUUUUGACUUAUAGGCCUGAGCAGAAAUUCAUUAUCCUCAUAAGAGAUUACAGAAUCAAUGUUAUGCAAAUAAUCAUUGUAGUUUAGGGAAUCAUUAGCAUCAUCAGCGGUCAACAGGGUAGAGAAGAAAGAAGUAGCAGCCUUACCAAUGUCCUCUUUGGACUCACACCAGGGUCAAUGGAACCCGAGUCUAUAUCAAUGCUUGAACAGCCUCAACCAAGAGAGGAGAUAAAUACAGUUGCCCAUGGACAAGAGGAGACAAAUGUUGCUGCCCGUAAGAGACCAGCAAAGAAACGCAAGGCCACACGAAAAAAGUCUGAUGUAUGGGACCAUUUUGUUCCUUUCAAGACUGCUUUAAGCGAGCAAAAGGCUAGAUGUAAGGGCUGCAGCAAGGAACUUUUUGCUGAUUCUAAGUCUAAUGGAACUAGUUCCCUGAGAGCUCACGUACGAAGCUGCGUAGGACUUAAAGGAUGGUUUGAAGCAAAUGGAUGAAUCAGUGAGUCGUGUAAGAGGAGCAGUUAGGCUUGUGAGGCAGUCACCAGCUAGGCUUGAAAGGUUUAGAGAAUGUGCUGAUAUUCAUGUAAUUUCCGAUUGUAUGUUUGUAUUUUUAACAAGUUUUUAUUAGUUCUAGUUGAGGAAAUUACACAUUUUUGGCGUAAUACUUUAUUUUCAUAUUUAUUUGUAAUUUGUUUAGAUUAGGACUUUUCUGAGCUAAACAUGUCAAAGAUCAUCCAAGGGAUCAAGAUUGGACCUUAAAAGAUCAAGGAAAGUGCAAGGAGGCAAGAAAGAUUUCGAUUUGGAAAAAAUACUCAUGUACCCGGUCGGGUAUUGCCUAUACCCGAUCGGGUAUUUGCUUGAUUCGAUUGUCCAAAUCAAAUCCGAGAACAAAUGAUCGUGGGAGCAAGAUUUCGUUAAGAUUUGUCACAUACCCGAUCGGGUAUGCCGACAUACCCGGUCGGGUAUGCCCAGAAAAAUGGCUUUCCGGGAAAUUUCCUAAGAUACCCGAUCGGGUAUCCUAUAUACCCGGUCGGGUAUCAGACCCUGCAGCUCCCAAAAGCCUAUAAAUACACCUCUUUCCUUCACAAUAAAAUAACCAAUUCCUAUAUACUUCUAAGCUCAGUCUAGAAUAGUUCUUUCUUUAUAUUUUCAUCAUGUUUAGUCUCCAAAUGAGGAGCUAAACUCUUCCAUCUUGGUUUUGCUACUUUGAAGCUUAAUGAAUUUGUAAGUUGUGAGUUAUUCUCUUUAAUUUUCUUCCUUGAAUAUUAAUUCUUCCUUUAAAU